UGAAGUGGACUUCCGUGCUGGCGUUUUGAUUGCGUCCAUCGUCUAAACUGGAAUGUAGACUAUUUGCGUCUCGAAUGCUUUUGCGCGUCUAUCGUCUGAAUGAAUCUAUUCACCCCGGGCCUGUAUUGAAAUGUAAAUAGCCUACAAUCAUACUUUCAUUUCUGAAUCUGUAUGUGCAACCCAAUAUGAACCUGAUCAUUAAUUAUUAAACCGUUAAUAAUAUUCUGUGACCUGGUAAAUAUAGCAAUUUUUUCAACAAAGAAAACUGAAUUGAAGAGGUAAACUGCACUUGCGAUCGGCGCCAAUGGACCCGUUGGAUUUUUUGACAGAUAAGCAGUUACUGCAGUUUUUCCGCUGUAGUAUGACACAAAUGUCGUGCAUGGAGCAACCACACACAUUUCUUAACCAGCUCCGAGACCACCACUUCAUUCCAGAGAAAAUGUACAAGAAGCUGAUUCGGUGUAGGAGUAAGGAGUUGAGGGAGAAGGGUGUGUACCAGGUGUUGGACUGGGUGGAGGCAGAGAGGCCCGACAGCAUCAAGGUGUUCUGGAACUGUGUGUUCAGGGACCACCUCCUGCUGCAGUACCCCACGUUACGCCUGCUACGAAACAGCCUGCUGGACGGGUCGUUCACAUUCUACGAGAAACUGCCAGAGAAGGUGGAGAAGGAAGAGGAGGAGGAGGAUAGGAAGAAGAAGGCUUCAGCGGAUGGAGAAGAGGAGGAGGAGGAGGAGGAGGAGGAGGAGGAGGAGGAGGAGAAGAAGACAGGAAGGAAAAAGAGUAAAAAGAGAAGUGAGAGUGCAGAGAAGGGCAAGCCCAGCACGCCCACCCAGUCCACCCCCAGUCAGAAGAAGAAAGUCCAGAGGGUCAAAUACUGUUCUCCUUUUUGUAAGGGGGAGAAAUCUGACAUCUGGAACUGGCCCAUCUACAAGACCCAGCUCCCAGUCACCUGUGGGGACAAGGAAGGCAUGCUCUUCAGGAACAAGCUGGCCACAGUGGAGAGGUGCAUUGUGGUCCAGGAUCGCUGGUUCACCCCAAGUGGCUUUGAGGAGUUUGGGGGGAAGAAGAGCAGAAAGAACUGGAAGUACAGUAUACACUGUAGAGGCACCACUCUGGGAGAACUGAUCCAGGAAGGUCAUUUAACUUCACCAGACUUUAAAAGAAGAAAGAGUGCACAGGCCAAGAGAGCACUGUUUCCCUUCAACCAAUCAGCGGGCUCAAGCACAGAAUCUGAGGAGGUUGACGAUGAUGAGGAGGAAGAGGAGGAGGAAGAAGAAGCUGAGCAGGAAAGAGAGGAAAGAGAGAGAAGAGAUCAGGCAAACACUGCUGAAGAGAGCAGUACAGGAGGCAACCAUUGUGGUGUGAAAAAGACUGUCUUCAAAGUCACCUGUGGAGCCAUCAAUGGAAUGCUACAUAAUGAUCGGUUUGCAUCAGGGUCGUGUGGAAAGAGCAUCCGUACGGAGCUGUGCUGGAUGACCCCGGUGGAGUUUGUGACGAGGGAGUCAGCUCUGGAAGAUCCUUCCUGGAAGAAAGACAUCCAGUGGGACGGGAAACCACUCAGCGUCCUCAUCGAGAGCAAGAUCUUGGUCAUCCACUCUCUCCUGUGUAAGUGCAAGCUGUGCAGCUCCACGGCCAAAGACAGGCAUGAUCACGAUAACGAUGACGACUGCUUCAUCUGUAGAAGCCAGGGCAGCUUGAUAUGCUGUGAUAAGUGUCCUCGCUCCUUCCAUCAGAGAUGUCAUCUUCCUAAUGUGGAUGAUGCUAUCCUGGGGGAUGAUUGUCCGUGGAUGUGUACAUUCUGUGUACUGAGGACCAGUCAGCCAUGGCGCUACCCCAAACAAAUGACCUACCAGGAAGCCUUAGCCUGCCGAAUCUCAGACCACCUACUGGAAUGCCAGUACCUCCUGCUGUGUCUAUACCAAGCGGACGAGGAACACAUUGCUGUGGCAGAUCCUUGCAUCAAUGUGAGAAACUACACCAGUGUGAUAAAGACCCCUAUAUGGCUGGACAGGGUUGUGGAGAAGCUGCAGCAGAAUCUCUACCAAACAGUUCAACACUUUGUGUCUGAUGUGUGGCUUAUCUUCACCAACUGUGCCACAUUUAACAGGGAUAAUGCAGAGUUGCGUGGAAUGGGCGAAAGAUUGAAGGAUCUAUUUGAGAGAGAGUUCAAGAGUACAUUCAGCAUCCAACUUCAGCAUCCAACUGCAUCCAACUGCCAGUAAAGCCUUCAUCAAGUCUGUACUGUUAUCUCACUAUGAGACAACAGGGAAUAUUCACCAUGCCCUGGUCUUUCUAUACAGCCUUCAUACAGACUUGCAUGUACAUUAUUAUCCAUCUAGGACUUUCAUUAUUUAUUUCAUUUGUUCUAGCAAUCAAAAUGGGUGUGUGAUAAUAAUUGAAAUAGAAUGAUGGUGAUAACAUUGCAUUUCACACAGUAAAUGUUGCUUUGCUAACUUGCAAGAGUCUUAGAAUUCCUAACCUUCCAGGUUUUUACUUCUGGUUAGGCCUCACUAGAUUCAUGUCCAGGGAUUCUGUAGACAAUAAACUCAUGAAUUUCUAAAACA